GUAGCAUAUAUAUAUAUAGAGAGAGAGAGAGAGAAAUAAUGCAAAAACGCGAAUUGGGGAGUGAAGUGAGGGAGAUGAUGACGAGUCUGCAGUUAUUAAACAUCAACAGCUGGGCGUCCGGCUUCAACAUGAACAGGAACAGGACAUUUUGCAAACCCAGGAGGCAGGCUUCCCGCCUUCAUGUACGCAGCAAGCACUCCCAUUUUGAUUCGGCGGCGGAGGAGGGUGGUUCUGGUUGCACCAAUUACGGCCCACUCUCUCCCAUAAGCUUCCUGGAAAGAGCCGCCAAUUUCAGCGCGCACACUACUUCCAUAGUCUACGGUAACUCCAAGUUUCACUGGGCCCUCACCCAUCAACGUUGCUUGAAACUCGCUUCUGCUCUCUCCCGCUUGGGCGUUUCCCGCGGCCAUCUGGACCACUUCCUCAAGAGCCUUCCCCGGACUGUUCUCUUCCGAUUCUUCAGAACAAAUUACAUUACCGCACCUCCUAAUCUUCGUAAAUACUCUAACCUUGUGCGGAACUUUGAUUCCGAAUCGCGGGAAUCAGUGGAGGGUUUGCUUCGUUGCUCUGCUAAUUUCGUCCCUUUGUCCCCUGUAAGCUUCUUGGAAAGAGCAGCUAAUUUCGCUACCCUCUCAACCUCUAUUCUGUAUGGCCGUUCCCAAUAUAAUUGGGGGCAAACCCAUCUGCGUUGUUUGAAACUAGCUUCCGCUCUCACUCAGUUGGGGAUUUCCCGUGGGGAUGUGGUUGCUACCCUGUUACCUAAUGUCCCUGCAAUGUAUGAACUGCAUUUUGCAGUACCAAUGGCCGGAGCAAUUCUUUGCACUCUAAAUUCACGUCUUGAUGGAGCUAUGGUUUCAGUCCUUCUAGAACAUUCACAAGCGAAGGUCCUCUUUGUAGACUACCAAUUACUCGAAGUUGCAAGGAGAGCAUUGAACCUGCUGAGCAAAAGAGUCAGAAACUUGCCAAUUUUAGUUCUUAUCACAGACUCUGACGGCUCAUCUACCAUCGAUACUAGCUCAGUCAGCUAUGAGUAUGAGGAGCUACUAUCUACGGGGAGUAGUGGGUUUGAGAUUGUUAGGCCAAAUAGUGAAUUUGAUCCAAUAAGUGUGAAUUACACCUCAGGCACCACAUCUAGGCCAAAAGGGGUUGUUUUUAGUCACAGGGGGGCCUAUUUGAAUACUCUAGGAACUAUUCUUCUCUUUGGGAUGGGCUUUAUGCCUGUUUAUCUUUGGACUGUGCCUAUGUUUCACUGCAACGGGUGGUGUUUGCCCUGGGGAGUGGCAGCUCAAUGCGGAACCAAUGUGUGUCUGAGGAAAGUCUCUCCGAAGGACAUCUUUGAGAAGGUGACAGAACAUAAGGUGACACAUAUGGGAGGAGCUCCUACUGUUUUGAACAUGAUCGUGAACUCUGCAUUGACUGAUAGGAGGCCACUUACCCACAAGGUAGUGGUGGUGACAGGCGGUGCUCCACCACCACCACAAAUCCUAUCCAAGAUGGAGGAGAUUGGCUUUAGUGUAUCUCACCUUUAUGGCCUAACAGAAACAUAUGGUCCUGGGACUUCUUGUGAAUGGAGACCUGAGUGGGAUUCUGUGGCUCCUGAAGAAAAAUACAAGAGAAAAGCCAGACAAGGAAUUCCCCAUGUGACUAUGGACGCUAUUGACAUAAAAGAUCCUGACACUAUGAAAAGCGUCCCAGCCGAUGGCAAAACAAUGGGUGAGGUAAUGUUCAGGGGAAACACGGUGAUGAGUGGAUAUUUGAGAGAUUCGGAAGCAACAGAGGAAGCUUUUAGAGGUGGGUGGUUUCAUAGCGGAGAUGUGGGAGUGAAACACUCUGAUGGCUAUAUAGAAAUUAAGGAUAGAUUGAAGGACAUAAUAAUAUCAGGGGGUGAGAACAUUAGCUCAGUGGAGGUCGAGACAGUUUUAUAUAGCCAUCCUGCAGUUCUUGAAGCUGCGGUUGUGGCCAGGCCAGAUGAUCACUGGGGGCAAACGCCUUGUGCAUUUGUGAGUCUGAAAGAGGGGUUUAGUGCAGAUGCUCAAGAAAUAAUUGAUUUUUGUCGAGAUCAUUUGCCCCAUUACAUGGCUCCAAAAACUGUUAUUUUUGAGGACCUACCAAAAACUGCAACAGGAAAGAUACAAAAAUUUGUUUUGAGGGAGAAAGCCAAGGCCAUGGGCAGCCUUACUUGACCAUCAAAAUCCAUAUACAGUGGAGCCUGCUCAAUAGGAGCCAAAUUAGUUAAGAAUGCUGUUUCGUAACAUAUGGGAGGAACUCCUUCUGUGAUACGGUCUUGUACAAGAUUGACGAAUUGUUAUCCCAGGAAAAAAAAAAAAAUUUGAAGAACAAAGAGCAGAACCCAAGGAAUCUAAUCCACACCCACAGUCCGCCUGUGUCAUGCGUCACCAUCAAUGGCGGCAAGUUUACCAAUUUGUAAUUUACUUAUUUACUGUUCAUAUCGCAGCUAUUGCCUAUUGGAUGAUUUCCCGGGUCUUUACUAUGACUAAGCGAAUAACCCU